CAGCAGCAUGGCGGACACGACCGUGGCUGCUGCAGCGGCCGCGGCCGCAGCGUCGACUGCCAAGUCCUUCUGCAUCGAAGCCCUGCUCGCGCGAGACUCGGGCCGAGCGACUCCAGCGUCCAAGUCGCCCGGCAGCUGCUCCGAAGGCGACGCUGCCAGCCCGCCACCGCCUAGCAUUCCGGUCUCGGUGGCGGCCGUGGUCGCGUCUCAGGCUGCCGGAAGACUCUUGGGGGCUAUUCCGGGCUACCAUCCUGUGCUCCAGGCGGGACAUCCGUUGUACGGUCUUCAGGCCGCCGGUGGGGGUCUGCCUGCCGGUGCGCUGCCCGGACUGUUGCCUGGAAGUGCUUUUCACCCGACACUGGCCGAGCACGGAAUCAAGUCGCAUGUGUCCUUAGACUGGUUGGCGAGGACUGCGGGCUUUUACCAGCGACCGGGUGAUGUCAUGUCAGGCCAGCCGCAGGCGGCGCUGUUGGGCAAGACGCGGCGUCCGCGGACGGCGUUCACUAGCCAGCAGCUCCUGGAGCUGGAGAACCAGUUUCGCAUGAACAAGUACCUUUCCAGGCCCAAGAGGUUCGAGGUGGCCACCAACCUUAUGCUCACCGAGACACAGGUGAAAAUCUGGUUCCAGAACCGGCGCAUGAAGUGGAAACGGAGCAAGAAGGCGCAGCAGGAGGCCAAGGCACGAGCAGCCGAGAAAGGCGCCGACCAGUGCCGACAGAGCCCGGCACCGUCCACGGGCAGUGCAACUGCCCAGCCGCCCACAUCACAACAGCCGUCGCAGCAGCCGCACCGGCACCCGCAGCACGCCCCUCCCCAGCACCGGCUACCUCUGAAUAGCGGCGUCGAUUACCCGGACUCUCCCGUGGCGCGAGACCUCCACCUUCGACUCCAGCAGCAACAGCCGCAUCACCAUCAGCAGGACAGUGAGAGUGUGUCGUCGCGCGGCGCCAACAGUGACGUCGAGCCGGACGUUGAUUUGUCGCCGGGAAUGGCGGACUCCAAUAUGGCGCUGUCGCUAUGUUCCCAGCCCACGGGCCGUAGCACGGACCUCAUCUACCGGCCUUACGUUGUGUGACGCUAGGCCUCUGGCGGCGAGAAACGUAAAGUGCGUCGCCGUUAAGCACGACACGCAAAAAUAUAAGUGCAAGCCCUCUGGCUAGGUACACGGAAGAGGGCAUCGCGAUCUCACAGGGCGCUGCUAUGUCUGGAGAGGCUGGUGGCGCCGUCUUUCACAAAUGUCCUGAAGCUUUCAUUACGGACUAUGACACCACGGAAUACUUUGGCGGCCGCGUUUAAGCCUAUAUUUCCGAGUCUGUUAUGAGUUAGCGAACGUCCACCCAGCAAGGUGCGCACUGUCUCUGAAUAGUCAAGAGUCGUGCUACACCGUAGGCGUCGCUGAUCGAAACGUUUCCAGUGCUUAAGAAAGAUUGGGUCACUCAUACCGUUAAAUGCGGUGGAAUGUUCGCCUGGUCAAUGCAACGAGCGACAGGCCGCCCAUUCGGUAAGUUACUAGUCGCGCGCAAAGUUUCGCCUGGUCCGGCCAGCCGAGGUUACGACCAAGUUUGUGUUUUUUUUUUUUUUCACCACGCUGAGUGCUGCCUUGGUUCUAGUCGUUUCUAUACUCUCCCUAUCUCGUCGAUCAUGACAGUGACAUAUGGUGUUUUUAGACUACACGGUAUAAUUGGUGUGUAUAGGUGCUUAUGACACCGAGCCCAAACUGUUGUGAGGCGUACAAGUCCAGGACUGCUUUUCCAACGAGUACAGGAACAUGAGUUUUCCAGAUUUCCUCGCGUUACACCUAUAGGCGUGCGCAGGGUCCUCGAUUAGGCGAGUCAAAAUUUCACUGAAGCGCCGUCCCCCCACCCACCCCCUUUUCUUGUUUCUUCGAGUCCGAAAGGAAACAAGCUUCACAA